AAAAGCCUCAGCCGCAGCCGGCGAUGUGUGAAGUUCCCAGCACGCACUCAGCCCGGCUGCUCCUCACCCUCAAUUGUUGAUGAGCCUGGGCGCUCGUCAACACACGGGAGAGAUCCCAUUUUGCUUUCUGGGAGAAAGAGAUGAGAAAUGAGCUGCGGAAGGUAUUUGGCAAUGAGAAGAGGGAAAGGCAGUUUCUUGCCAGCAGCUAAGUUGUAGAAUUGCUUCGGAGGCUACCCGGGGAGCGCGAUAGAAUUGACAAGAAAAGAACAGACACGGUUGCAGACCAAGGCAUGCCUGAAUGCACGAGUCGGAUCCCUGGGACGCAGCUUCCACUCCUGCUCUAACUAUUUGUGACUGAAUAAAGGAAACGAGACUAGAAGCACAAUCGCAAGUGGUGUUCCUAAAAGGAAAACACAUAUACUCCAAAAGGAGGAGAGGAACAACCCAGCUGGCGUGCACAUUUUUUUUUAAAGGAGAAUCCCUCAGACACUACAUGGAGUUGUGUGGAAAUGACAGAGAUUCAUGAAACCCCUCCUCCAGGAAAGAAUGUCUUUCACAGAUGAAGCUUUGCUUCUGGUUUGCACAGGACAGCGACAAUGUGGCAGAGCCACGCCUGCCCUUCCUGCUCUUUCCAGUGAUUCACAGAACAUCUGAACAGUGAUGUUUGCCUUGGAUUUUCAGAUUUUCAUCCUGAUACUUGUUUACUUUUCUGGGGCAGAAAAGCUUGCACUAAUUGCUCUCCAUGGUGGCUAAUUUUUUCAAGAGCUUGAUUUUACCUUACAUUCAUAAGCUUUGCAAAGGAAUGUUUACAAAGAAAUUGGGAAAUACAAACAAAAAAAAAGAGUAUCGUCAGCAGAGAAAGGAUCAAGACUUUCCUACUGCUGGCCAGACCAAAUCCCCCAAAUUUUCUUAUACCUUUAAAAGCACUGUAAAGAAGAUUGCAAAGUGUUCAUCUACUCACAAUUUAUCCACUGAGGAAGACGAGGCUAGUAAAGAGUUUUCCCUCUCGCCAACAUUCAGUUACCGAGUAGCUAUUGCCAAUGGCCUACAAAAGAAUACUAAAGUAACCAACACUGAUAAUGAGGAUCUGCUUCAAGAGCUGUCUUCAAUUGAGAGUUCCUACUCAGAAUCAUUAAAUGAACUAAGGAGUAGCACAGAAAACCAGGCACAAUCAACACACACAAUGCCAGUUAGACGCAACAGAAAGAGUUCAAGCAGCCUUGCACCCUCUGAGGGCAGCUCUGACGGUGAGCGUACUCUACAUAGCUUAAAACUGGGGGCUUUACGAAAACUGAGAAAAUGGAAAAAGAGUCAAGAGUGUGUCUCCUCAGACUCCGAGUUAAGCACCAUGAAAAAAUCCUGGGGAAUAAGAAGCAAGUCUUUGGACAGAACUAUCCGAAACCCAAAGACAAAUGCCCUGGAGCCAGGGUUCAGUUCCUCUGGCUGCAUUAGCCAAACACAUGAUGUCAUGGAAAUGAUCUUUAAGGAACUUCAGGGAAUAAGUCAGAUUGAAACAGAACUUUCUGAACUACGAGGGCAUGUCAAUGCUCUCAAGCAUUCCAUCGAUGAGAUCUCUAGCAGUGUGGAGGUUGUACAAAGUGAAAUUGAGCAGCUACGUACAGGGUUUGUCCAGUCCCGGAGGGAAACAAGAGACAUCCAUGAUUAUAUUAAGCACUUAGGUCAUAUGGGUAGCAAGGCAAGCCUGAGAUUUUUAAAUGUGCCUGAAGACAGAUUUGAAUAUGUUGAAAGUGUGGUGUACCAAAUUCUAAUAGAUAAAAUGGGUUUUUCAGAUGCACCAAAUGCUAUUAAAAUUGAAUUUGCUCAGAGGAUAGGACACCAGAGGGACUGUCCAAAUGCAAAGCCUCGACCCAUACUUGUGUACUUUGAAACCCCUCAGCAAAGGGAUUCUGUCUUAAAAAAAUCAUAUAAACUCAAAGGAACAGGCAUUGGAAUUUCAACAGAUAUUCUAACUCAUGAUAUCAGAGAAAGAAAAGAGAAAGGGAUACCAUCCUCCCAGACAUAUGAGAGUAUGGAUAUGAAGUUGUCUACUCCAGAGCCAAAAAUCAAGAACAAUUGGCAGUCACCUGAUGACAGUGAUGAAGAUCUUGAAUCUGACCUCAAUAGAAACAGUUACGCUGUGCUUUCCAAGUCAGAGCUUCCAACAAAGGGAAGUACUUCCAAGCCAAGCUCAAAAUCACACAGUGCUAGAUCCAAGAAUAAAACUGCUAAUAGCAGCAGAAUUUCAAAUAAAUCGGAUUAUGAUAAAAUCUCCUCACAGUUGCCAGAAUCAGAUAUCUUGGAAAAGCAAACCACAACCCAUUAUGCAGAUGCAACACCUCUCUGGCACUCACAGAGUGAUUUUUUCACUGCUAAACUUAGUCGUUCUGAAUCAGAUUUUUCCAAAUUGUGUCAGUCUUUCUCAGAGGAUUUUUCAGAAAAUCAGUUUUUCACUAGAACUAAUGGAAGCUCUCUCCUGUCAUCUUCGGACCGAGAGCUAUGGCAAAGGAAACAGGAAGGAACAGCGACCCUGUAUGACAGUCCCAAGGACCAGUAUUUGAAUGGAAGCGUGCAGGGUAUCCAAGGGCAGACUGAAAUUGAAAACACAGAAACUGUGGAUAGUGGAAUGAGUAAUGGCAUGGUGUGUGCAUCUGGAGACCGGAGUCAUUACAGUGAUUCUCAGCUCUCUUUACAUGAGGAUCUUUCUCCAUGGAAGGAAUGGAAUCAAGUAGAGCAAGGAGCUGAUUUAGGCUUGGAUUCAUCCACCCAGGAAGGUUUUGAUUAUGAAACAAAUAGUCUUUCUGACCAACAGCUGGGUGUUUACAAUAAAGACCUAGAAUACUUGGGAAAGUGCCACAGUGAUCUUCAAGAUGACUCAGAGAGACUUACUCAAGAUGACAACUCUUCUCCAUGCCCUGGCUUGGAUAAUGAACCACAAGGCCAAUGGGUUGGCCAAUAUGAUUCUUAUCAGGGAGCUAAUUCUAAUGAGCUUUACCAAAAUCAAAACCAGUUGUCCAUGAUGUAUGGAAGUCAAAGUGAAUUGCAAAGUGAUGAUUCAGAGGAUGCCCCACCCAAAUCAUGGCAUAGUCGAUUAAGCAUUGACCUUUCUGAUAAGACUUUCAGCUUUCCAAAAUUUGGAUCUACACUGCAGAGGGCUAAAUCAGCCUUGGAAGUAGUAUGGAACAAAAGCACACAGAGUCUGAGUGGGUAUGAGGACAGUGGCUCUUCAUUAAUGGGGAGAUUUCGGACAUUAUCUCAAUCAACUGCAAAUGAGUCAAGUACCACACUUGACUCUGAUGUCUACACAGAGCCCUAUUACUAUAAAGCAGAGGAUGAGGAGGAUUAUACUGAACCAGUGGCUGAUAAUGAAACAGAUUAUGUUGAAGUGAUGGAACAAGUCCUUGCUAAACUAGAAAACAGGACUAGUAUUGCUGAAACAGAUGAACAAAUGCAAGAAUAUGAUCACCUUUUAUAUGAAACACCUUAUGAAACCCCACAAGAUGAGGGUUAUGAUGGUCCGGCAGAUGAUAUGGUUAGUGAAGAGGGAUUAGAACCCUUAAAUGAAACAUCAGCUGAGAUAGAAAUAAGAGAAGAUGAAAACCAAAACAUUCCUGAACAGCCAGUGGAGAUCACAAAGCCAAAGAGAAUUCGUCCUUCUUUCAAAGAAGCAGCUUUAAGGGCCUAUAAAAAACAAAUGGCGGAGUUGGAAGAGAGGAUCUUGGCUGGAGAUAGCAGUUCUGUGGAUGAAAAGGCUCGAAUAGUAAGUGGCAAUGAUUUGGAUGCUUCCAAGUUCUCUGCACUCCAGGUGUGUGGUGGGGCAGGAGGUGGACUUUACGGUAUUGACAGCAUGCCAGAUCUCCGAAGAAAAAAGACUUUGCCUAUUGUCCGAGAUGUGACCCUGGCCGCCAGGAAAUCUGGACUUUCCCUGGCUAUGGUGAUUAGGACAUCCCUAAAUAAUGAGGAACUGAAAAUGCACGUCUUCAAGAAGACCUUGCAGGCAUUGAUCUACCCUAUGUCUUCUACCACCCCACACAAUUUUGAGGUCUGGACAGCUACCACGCCCACCUACUGUUACGAGUGUGAAGGGCUCCUGUGGGGCAUUGCAAGGCAAGGCAUGAAGUGUCUGGAGUGUGGAGUGAAAUGCCACGAAAAGUGUCAGGACCUGCUAAACGCUGACUGCUUGCAGAGAGCAGCAGAAAAGAGUUCUAAACAUGGUGCUGAAGACAAGACUCAGACCAUUAUUACAGCAAUGAAAGAAAGAAUGAAGAUCAGGGAGAAAAACCGGCCGGAAGUGUUUGAAGUAAUCCAGGAAAUGUUUCAGGUUUCUAAAGAAGAUUUUGUGCAGUAUACAAAGGCAGCCAAACAGAGCGUACUGGAUGGGACAUCCAAGUGGUCUGCAAAAAUAACCAUUACAGUGGUUUCUGCACAAGGUCUACAGGCAAAAGAUAAAACAGGGUCUAGUGAUCCAUAUGUUACAGUUCAAGUUGGAAAGAACAAAAGAAGAACAAAAACCAUUUUUGGAAACUUGAAUCCAGUAUGGGAUGAGAAGUUUUAUUUUGAGUGUCAUAACUCCACAGAUCGAAUCAAAGUCAGAGUAUGGGAUGAAGAUGAUGACAUUAAAUCCAGAGUCAAGCAACAUUUCAAGAAGGAGUCAGAUGAUUUUCUGGGACAAACAAUUGUAGAAGUGAGGACCUUGAGUGGAGAAAUGGAUGUCUGGUACAACUUAGAGAAAAGGACAGAUAAGUCAGCUGUAUCUGGGGCCAUACGAUUGAAAAUCAAUGUGGAGAUAAAAGGAGAAGAGAAGGUUGCUCCAUAUCAUAUUCAAUAUACCUGUUUACAUGAGAAUCUGUUCCAUUACUUGACUGAAGUGAAAUCUAAUGGUGGAGUGAAAAUCCCAGAAGUCAAAGGGGAUGAAGCCUGGAAGGUUUUCUUUGAUGAUGCUUCCCAGGAAAUAGUUGAUGAAUUUGCUAUGCGUUAUGGAAUUGAAUCCAUUUAUCAAGCUAUGACGCACUUUUCAUGUCUGUCUUCUAAAUACAUGUGCCCUGGUGUCCCUGCUGUCAUGAGCACCUUGCUGGCUAAUAUAAAUGCUUUUUAUGCUCACACAACAAUUUCAACAAAUGUGCAGGUUUCUGCUUCAGAUCGAUUUGCUGCUACCAACUUUGGUAGGGAAAAAUUCAUAAAACUACUGGACCAGUUGCAUAACUCUCUGAGGAUUGAUCUGUCAAAGUAUAGGGAAAACUUUCCUGCAAGCAAUACUGAAAGGCUGCAAGACCUGAAAUCAACUGUUGACCUGUUAACAAGUAUCACCUUUUUUAGGAUGAAGGUUCUGGAGCUGCAAAGCCCCCCAAAAGCAAGCAUGGUGGUGAAAGACUGUGUAAGGGCUUGCCUGGAUUCUACAUACAAGUAUAUUUUUGACAAUUGCCAUGAACUCUACUCCCAGCUAAUAGACCCGAGUAAGAAACAGGACAUUCCUCGUGAAGAUCAGGGACCAACCACCAAGAAUUUGGAUUUUUGGCCCCAACUUAUUACACUGAUGGUCACUAUUAUUGAUGAGGAUAAAACUGCCUACACACCUGUCCUGAAUCAGUUUCCUCAAGAGCUGAACAUGGGAAAAAUAAGUGCCGAAAUUAUGUGGACUCUUUUUGCUCUGGAUAUGAAAUAUGCAUUAGAAGAACAUGAAAAUCAGCGGUUAUGCAAGAGCACUGAUUAUAUGAACUUGCAUUUCAAAGUGAAAUGGUUUUAUAAUGAAUAUGUGCGUGAACUUCCCGCCUUCAAGGAUGCUGUUCCUGAAUACUCCUUGUGGUUUGAACCUUUUGUCAUGCAGUGGCUAGAUGAAAACGAAGAUGUGUCGAUGGAAUUCCUUCAUGGAGCACUGGGAAGAGACAAAAAAGAUGGAUUCCAGCAGACAUCUGAGCAUGCCCUCUUUUCUUGCUCCGUGGUCGACGUCUUUGCUCAGCUGAAUCAGAGCUUUGAGAUUAUUAAGAAACUGGAAUGCCCUAAUCCUGAAGCAUUAUCUCACUUAAUGAGAAGAUUUGCAAAGACUAUCAAUAAAGUGCUGCUCCAGUAUGCUGCAAUUGUAUCAAGUGAUUUCAGUUCAUAUUGUGAUAAGGAAAAUGUGCCCUGUAUCUUGAUGAACAAUAUUCAACAAUUGCGGGUCCAGCUGGAAAAAAUGUUUGAAUCCAUGGGAGGGAAAGAGCUAGAUUCUGAAGCUAGUACUAUUCUAAAAGAACUUCAGGUUAAGCUCAGUGGAGUCCUGGAUGAGCUCAGCGUCACGUACGGUGAAAGUUUCCAGGUUAUAAUUGAAGAGUGUAUAAAACAGAUGAGUUUCGAACUAAAUCAAAUGAGAGCAAAUGGAAACACCACAUCUAAUAAGAACAGUGCAGCAAUGGAUGCAGAGAUUGUGUUAAGACCUCUCAUGGAUUUUUUGGACAAAACAUUAAGUCUCUCAGCAAAAAUCUGUGAGAAAACAGUCCUAAAGCGAGUUUUGAAAGAGUUAUGGAAGCUAGUUCUCAAUAAAAUAGAAAAACAAAUCGUUCUUCCUCCUCUGACAGAUCAAACAGGACCCCAGAUGAUUUUCAUUGCAGCUAAAGAUCUUGGACAACUAUCCAAACUGAAGGAGCACAUGAUUCGAGAGGAUGCCAAGGGUCUGACGCCAAGACAAUGCGCUGUAAUGGAGGUAGUCCUGGCUACCAUCAAGCAAUACUUUCAUGCAGGAGGAAAUGGCCUGAAAAAGAAUUUCUUGGAAAAAAGCCCAGAUCUUCAGUCUCUGAGAUACGCUCUCAGUCUUUAUACCCAAACUACUGAUGCCUUGAUAAAGAAAUUCAUAGAUACUCAAACCUCACAGAGUCUUUCCUCCAAAGAUGCCGUGGGUCAGAUAUCUGUUCAUGUGGACAUCACAACCACCCCAGGAACAGGCGAUCAUAAAGUCACUGUAAAAGUGAUUGCCAUUAAUGACCUCAACUGGCAGACCACAGCAAUGUUCCGCCCCUUUGUGGAAGUUUGUAUACUGGGACCGAACCUUGGAGACAAGAAGAGAAAACAAGGCACAAAAACAAAAAGCAACACGUGGUCACCAAAGUACAAUGAAACAUUUCAGUUCAUUCUGGGAAAGGAAAAUCGACCAGGGGCUUAUGAACUUCAUCUCUCAGUUAAGGAUUACUGCUUUGCCAGAGAAGAUCGAAUUAUUGGAAUGACAGUCAUUCAGCUACAGAACAUAGCAGAAAAGGGAAGCUAUGGGGCAUGGUAUCCUCUUCUGAAAAAUGUCUCUAUGGAUGAAACUGGUUUGACUAUCCUUAGAAUACUCUCUCAGAGGACCAGUGAUGAUGUGGCUAAAGAAUUUGUAAGACUUAAAUCGGAGACAAGAUCUACUGAAGAGAGUGCUUGAAACAAACACUGCAAGCUAAAUUCAUAACUAUAAUUGUUUGACUACUGCAUGCAUGCGCCUAUACAUGGGAAUGUUUAUUUCACUACAUUUCAUUGUUUGCCAGUACUCAUGGAUGAUGUCUACAAGGUAUGUAAAAAAACCUGCUGAACUUUUAUACCAAUUCUGGUCUUUGGGAAAUAAGUAUUCCAAUGAAGUGCCAAAAUUAUGAUGUAAAGUGAAAUAUCAAGAACACCUUUUAACAUGUUUAUUUUGUUUCUUUACCUAUUUCACAUUCACUGAACAUAAUUUUAAAAACUAGUCUUUUGGGUUUGCCCAUCAGUUGUCUUUGUUAAAUUAGUUUAUAUUGCCCAUAGAUGAGAAAACAUUUAUUACUCAAUUUCCAUUUUAUUUACUUACCUCAUUAUAGAUGUCUUACAAAUACCCUUUUCUACCAUAACUAGAAAUGCAGUCAGUCACUUCUAGAAAGCAUUUGUAAUUUUAUAGUUGCAGAUAUAUUGUGAUUUUUGCAUACAAAUUAAAAUAGAAAAGGUGGGAAAUAUUUUCUGCCGACCGGUUUCCAACCUUUCUGAAAUAUCACUGUGAAGAAAUGCUGUUAAAGCAGACUUACACAAAGCAAUGCUAGAGUUUGUUAACAAUGUUUGAUAUAUAUUGACAAAAAACUUUGUUCUUUAAAACUGCCAAGGUCACAUCACAUUUGUAAAAAUGGUAAGUUCAUGCAUUUGUCAUAUACUGUUAUGUCUUGGCUUUACCAUAUUUAUUUCAUUCUUUAAAAAGUCAUUGGGUUAAUGGUUUAGAAAUGGGAUGGAAGGUUCAUUGAAAAAUACCUGUAAGUAACUAUCUUGUUAAUAUCUUCCAUCUGACAGUUAUGACUCUAUAAUUAGUUCAAUGCUUUCUUUUUAAAAAUAUUCAAUGAUUAGUAUUGAAUGCAAUAUUAUUAUAUAUUGUACUGAUGCCAAAAGUCAUGCUUUCAUCCAUUUAGUGAAAAAACAGUAAAAUUAAGUCAGAAGAAAUUGCUUACAAUUUUGUAAUUUGUAUUUAUAAGCCCCAAAUGCAUCAAAUGCAGUAGGAGAACAAUGUAAUACAGCUUGGUACCUAAAUAUAGCUAAGUGGGUUUCUGAAUAUAAAAGUUUAUGAAUAUUUGCAUUUUCUGUAUUUUUAUGAUUUGACUUCUUAGAGUCUAUGCCAAAAUAUAUGGCUGUAAAACGGUACUUUGUAAUUAUAACUUACGGUCAUAACUGUUAGUGGACUACUUACAGAAGCAAGAGCCUGUUAUAAUGACUGUACUUUGUGAACAGGCUGAUCUAAUAUGUUAAGUACAGAAGUGCUUAGUAUCAUGACUGUCAGAACCAUUCUGCUACUGAGUGUGGAAUCACAGACCAGUGAGGUUGGCUAAUUCAUGUUAAACUGUUAGGCCAUUGCUUUGUUAAUGACUUCUCUAAAUGCAUAGUGUGAUGCGAUCCUCUGGCAUAUGCUUUAAUAAAUGGAUAUAUAUUGAGCACAUGCA